AUGGUGGCGUGCGAGUUUGGGGAGGACGACUGUGGUGAGCUCCUCAAGCUGUACAGGCGGGGUGAGAAGCUGGGAUCUGGCGGCGAAGGGCAGGUCUAUUUGUUGAGUGCUCGUCGCAGGGCUGGCAAGAAGUAUGCGGGGAAAUUGGUUGAAUCGAUGAGGAAUGGCGAGAACGAAGCUCGGCUCAUGUCUAAGCUUCGCGUCUGCCCUGGAGUCGUCGCCUUUGAGGAUUUUGUGAGGGAGAGAGAGGGCGGGAGGUGCUAUGGGACCAUCGUGAUGGAGCUUUGCGGCCCUAGCUUGGCAGAGCGAUUGAUCCAUGGAGGGGCAGUGACUGAGGAAGAAGCAGCCAAGACUAUUAAAACGCUAGCAGAGACACUCAAGUGGAUGCACUCGAGAGGGGUCGUCCACCGCGAUCUCAAGCCUCACAACAUCUUUGAGAGGCUCAACGCCACUGCAGUGGACGAAGUGGUGAUUGGAGAUUUUGGCAUGGCCACGGACAAGCAGUGGGAUAUGCGGCAGUAUUGUGGAACAGCAAAGUACAUGGCACCCGAGGUGGUAGCGGUGAAGAGUGAUGGAGCCCGAGGACCACGAGCGAGUUACACGGCGGCCGUGGACGUGUGGGGGCUGGGAGUCAUUGCGUACGAGCUGCUGAGUGGGUAUCGAUCGAGAGUCGAAUUUGAUUUUUUGAGAGCCGGAGCAUUCCCGAGUGAUUUGGCAUCAUGUGAAGCAGAGGAUCUCAUCCAGGGAAUGCUAGCUGUGGAGCAGAGCAAGAGGGUGACUCUAGAUGCUGUGCUUGCACAUCCCUGGAUCGUCAAGCAUUGUGGUAGUGGGGAGAUCUUAACAGCAAUGCCACACAGGAGGAGGCAUUGCGGAGUAAAAAGGAAGUUUUCUAGCACUGGUGGGGAUGUGAUCGUGAAAAAAAUUCUCGCAGGAUAG